UUGAGGGACUACACCCAGAGUGUCUGCACUGACUGCACAGCUGGGACUCUGUGCUGCGCAAACUCUCAUUAGAGUAGGGGGCGUGUGGGACAUCAAAAUAUACGGCUACCGCGAAACACUGUCACUCGGGUCAUUUUUCAGAUAGAGCGCGCGCUUGAAAUAAGAAGGCAAACAUGUCGUCGUGGCAGAGCUACGUGGAUAACCUGAUGUCGGAUGGCAGCUGCCAGGACUCCGCCAUUGUUGGGUACAACUCAGACUCUAAAUAUGUGUGGGCAGCGCACGAGGGGGGAACAUUUACAAACAUCACGCCCACAGAAAUCGACAUUCUAGUAGGAAAAGACAGAGAAAGUUUCUUCACCAACGGUCUGACCUUAGGUUCAAAGAAAUGCUCCGUUAUCCGAGACAGCCUCCAAAUCGACAGUGAUUGGACAAUGGAUAUCAGGACGAAGAGUCAAGGAGGAGAGGCAACAUACAAUAUUGCUGUCGGCAAAGCAGCCAAAGCGUUGGUUAUAGUCAUGGGCAAGGAAGGUACUCAUGGAGGGCUGCUCAACAAGAAAGCUUAUCACAUGGCUGAAUACCUGCGGAAAUCUGGAUAUUAAGACACCUCCCCACCUAGCAGCUGAUUCUCACCAACGCCUACUGCUCUAGAUGAGAUUUGCUUUGAUUUUCCUCUGCUAUUUCUUGUUGUUCUAUCCCAACCUCUACUCAAUUUCUUUUUUUUUUUUACCCCUACUCCAUUUCUUGUUGUUCCACCCCAACCCCUACUGAAUGUCCUGUUUUAUUUUUACCCCAAGACAUACUCCAUUUUCUGUUCUACCCCAAAUCAGCCCUAUUUCCUGUUGUUCUACCAACCCUUACUCCAUUUUUUGUUCAUUACCUUGACCCCAUCCGUUUCUUUAUGACAUCAUUCCUUUUUAUUUUUUUUGCAUUUGUUGAGUCCCAUUGUGGUAUUGCUAUUACAUUACUGAUUAUGACACAUUCAACACUAAAUCUUAGAGGAAGGAAUUAAUGUGUCAUUUCUGCCCAUUGUUGAAAAGGAAAUGGCGAUUUUCAGUUUAGUUUAAUACCAAGGGCUUGAGCUAAAAACUCAAUUCCCCCUUUCUAGACUGUAUCGAGCCUACUUAGACCUUAUUCCAUGUAGACACCAUGUGACGCCAAUGAAAAUGUCUGUGAGGGAUUAAGAUCAUUAAGUUCAUUCAAUAUGUCAUACUUUUGUAUACCUUGGUGCCGGUAGUUCAGGGAAUGAAACAUUUAAUAAUGCCUUUCCAAACAAUUUCCGAUGGACAUUUGACCUAUCAAAUGUACUGUACAUCCAUCCCUUGCAGCCUCAUUUUCAUUAUCAUCAAAUAGGCUAUACCGUCUACACAUGGCUAAGGUCCAUUUCUAUACCUUACCAAAAUUCAAACCAACGCCACCCUUUAUUUGUUGUCAAAGACACUUAAACACUACUUGUGGAUGUCUACACUUACGCCAUUACCAAUUAAUACUUCUUAAUAGUCUUUUAUAAUCUCUACCAUGGUUCAGGUUGGGCAGCAUUGGGAGGUUGUACUCUUAUGUAGUUUGGCUGUCCGUUGAGUGCAAUGAUAUUGGUAAGGAUCUUAAAAACAAGUAGUAUUUCAUUAGGAGCUCAUUGACACAGACAUUCCAUUUAAUUAGUAACUUUAUUUUGCUAGCUUAUGUAAUGCAUUUCUUUUUCAAGAUGGCAUUUCAUCUUGACGAUCAUUAAUUUCUGACAGUGGAUAUCCCAACAUAGCUUUUUGGAGAGUAUAUAGAGUGAAUUCCAUUCAUCGGACCAUUGCUUGGGUUAUUUACUCGAUUGCUCUUCUGCCAAAUGUAAACACUGACAAACAAAAGACUAUUGCCUGAUCCAAAGCUCACAAAAAAGUCUUGAUCUCAUUUUGUGGGGUCUUUCUUUUAACACUUGAAUUUGCAUACCCAUGCUGUCAUAACUGUGGAAUAAAUUGCCUUGUUAAAGUCCUCAAUGCUACAACUGUCUGUCACAACAUGCUGCAUAGUCAAGUCCAAAUGUUAAUGUAGGUGUGACACUAAAAUCAUAAAAGAAAUUGUAUUUCCUGUGCCAAAAUCUAGAGAACCUGUUGCUAUUGUAAGGAUUAGUUUAAACAGCUUCCCAGAUUCUAUCAGCUCUUUGUUCAAGGUGUUUUAGUAUCGAUGCAAAUGUUCUAGCCCUGUGGGAUAUUUGUACAGAUUCAAAACCUCUGACUUGAGUUUUUUCUUUCCCUUUACUUUUUCAUAUGUCUGAUUUAGUAUGCGUAAAACAAGAAAUGCCAUCAUUAAUUUCACCACCUUUGUUUACAGACAGAUUAAAUCAAUGUAUUUCAAACCAAAUAACUUGUCCGUGUCAAUUGUUUCAUACUAAAGAAAUAGUAAACAGCUUCUGAGUGCAAUCUCCAUGAAAUGAUUUAAAAAAUCCUUAUAGAUAUUAUAACUGGAAAUGAAUUGUUCAAUGUUGGAGAUCCUGUAGAUCUAACU